AUGAACGGAAGUGACGGUGCAGGCGACAGCCUUGGCACUGGAGACAGUGACGGCUCUGGAGACAGCGAUGGCUCUGAAGACAGUGACGGCACUGGAGACAGUGAUGGCUCCGGAGACAGCGAUGGCUCUGGAGACAGUGACGGCACUGGAGACAGCGACGGCUCUGGAGACAGUGAUGGCUCUGUAGACAGCGACGGCACUGGAGACAGCGACGGCUCUGGAGACAGCGAUGGCUCUGCAGACAGCGACGGCACUGGAGACAGCGACGGUUCUGGAUACACCGAUGGCUCUGGAGACAGCGACGGCACUGGAGACAGCGAUGGCACUGGAGAAAGCUUUGUCACACUUGGCAAGGGUGAUAACAUUGACAAGGAUGACAGCAUCAGUGUGCUCGGCACGGGUGAAUGCGUUGGCGUGCUCGGUGCGGAUGACUCUGUUGGCGUGCUCGGUGUGGACAACUCUAUUGGCAUGCUCGGUGCGGGCAACUCCGUCGGCAUGCUCGGCGCUGGCAACUCUGUUGGCAUGGUUGGCGCGGGCGAAUCUGUUGGCAUGCUUGGUGGGGGCGACUCUGUUAGCGUGCUCGGUGUGGACAGCUCUAUUGGCAUGCUCGGUGCGGGCAACUCCGUCGGCAUGCUCGGCGCUGGCGACUCUGUUGGCAUGCUUGGCGCGGGCGACUCUGUUCGCAUGCUCGGUGGGGGCGACUCUGUUAGCGUGCUCGGUGUGGACAGCUCUAUUGGCAUGCUCAGUGCAGGCAACUCCGUCGGCACACUCGGCGCUGGCGACUCUGUUGGCAUGGUCGGCACAGGCAACUCUGUUGGCAUGCUCGGCACGGGCGACUCCGUUUGCAUGCUCAGUGGGGACAACUCAGUAGGCAUGCUUGGAGCGGGCGACUGUGCUAGCGAGUGCAGUGCAAGUGACUGCGGUGGAGCACUUGGCAUGGGUGACUCCGUUUGCACGCUCAGCAGGGGCAACUCAGUAGGCAUGCUUGGAGUGGGUGACUGUGCUGGCGAGUGUGGUGCAAGCGACUGUGGUAGAGCACUUGGCAUGGGUGACUCCGUUGGCAUGCUCAGUGGGGGCAACUUAGUAGGCAUGCUUGGAGCGGGCGACUGUGCUGGCGAGUGCGGUGCAAGCGACUGUGGUGGAGCACUUGACACGUGUGACUCCGUUGGCAUGCUCAGCGGGGGCAACUCAGUAGGCAUGCUUGGAGCCGGCGACUGUGCUGGCGAGUGCGGUGCAUGCGACUGCGGUGGAGCACUUGGCACGGGUGACUCCGUUGGCAUGCUCAGUGGGGGCAACUCAGUAGGCAUGCUUGGAGCCAGCGACUGUGCUGGCGAGUGCGGUGCAUGCAACUGCGGUGGAGCACUUGGCACGGGUGACUCCGUUGGCAUGCUCAGCAGGGGCAACUCAGGAGGCAUGCUUGGAGCAGGUGACUGUGCUGGCGAGUGUAGUGCAAGCGACUGUGGUGGAGCACUUGGCACGGGUGACUCUGUUGGCAUGCUCAGCGGGGGCAACUCAGUAGGCAUGCUUGGAGCGGGUGACUGUGCUGGCGAGUGCGGUGCAAGCGACUGCGGUAGAGCACUUGGCACGGGUGACUGCAUUGGCGUGGGUGACUGCAUUGGCACACUCGGCGCAGAUGACAUUUUUAGCACACAGUUUUGGUGCACUGGGCCCAGUAGACAAGUUGUAGCAUGCAGUACAGGUGACAGUGUUGGUAUGCACUCCACGGGUGACAGUACUCGCGCAUGCAACACUGUUGCUGCCCUCUAUGUGGGUGGGCGACAGUGCUCGCACACUCAGCAGGGGCGGGCGACACUGAUGGCACACUCGAUGAGGGCAGGCGACACUGCUGGCACAGUCAGCGAGGACAGGUAA